AUGGGCUUUCUCUACGAGCUCGCUCAUAGACACGACGUUGCAUCCUUGUUGAGAGAAGAGUCCUCAGCGCGGAAGAUCUUUUCUGCAUUGGACCGAGGGAGCCCUUCAGUUUGUCGUCGCACUAUUGAGCUCAUCUCCGUCCUGGGCCGAAGAGAGCCGUCAUUUUGGAGGCUUCUGGUCGACUCGAUCGACGAUCGUCCUUCGGCAUUGGACUCUCUCUGCCACUUGGCGAUCGAAGGUCCUCGUUCGGUGAAGUCACACGCUGCUUGGCUUAUCUCUAGUCUAGCAAACUACGACGAGUCAGAGGCCGCCCAUACCUUGGCGCUAGUGGGAGCCUUAGUGCGGCUAUUGAAUGCCAAUCACGGGGAUCCUACUGUGCUCGAGCAUGCCCUGUGGGGCCUCACUCAGAUCUGCUUGGAUAGUGACGAAGUCGUGGAUGGACUCCUCACUAUGGGCGUACCGUCUAUAGUCUGCAACCUGCAGAGUGACAGAGACUGGACUGGCGUUCAAGGGCAACGCAUGCGAGCCGUGGCUCAUCUUGCGACCAGCGAGAGGCUAAAGGCGGAUAUGCUCGUUAACACUGCUGUUCUCCGUAUACUUGCUCAGGAGCUGGAAACUACCCCGCGGGCUAAUGCAGCUGUCGGUUGCAUCGCAAACCUCGCCAGGGGAGCCCCUGAGGUCGGCGAGGAGCUCUGCCUACUGCGGGUGCUCCCAAGGCUUAUAUCUUUGGUUCAGCUGAACAUGAGCGCAAUUGCGGUUGAAGCCAUAGCAGAGCUGGCUCUAGCGCCAGUGAUAGUGGAAGAAUUGAUGAGAUUAGAUGCCAUUGAGGGUCUUCUGUCGUGCACUCAUCGCCUCCUGGAUAAUUAUCAAACUGGUACCAAAAUCCCCAAUUCCGAAUCGGAGACAGAUCCCCCGAUGAUACAACCCGGAGCGUACGAAGAGGAGGACGACGUUUACAUUCCCCUAGUCGUGGCGAGCCUUAUCAACCGCAUCGCACGGGUGGCCGCGAUCACAUUGGAAAUUGUGAUGUCGUCCGGUCAGUUCAAUGCAGCCUCCCGAGAUGCUGUCCUGGUCUGUGGCGGCGUAGAGAUCAUUGUGAGAGUGGCUGAUUGUGGCAGAAGUGACUCUCGUACGAUGCUCGAGGUUAUCUCAUCGAUCCGCGUUCUUGGUCGAGACGGCGGCUCGACAGGGCUGGCAGAGAGCGGAGCCAUGAGCAUUCUAUAUUCGGCUAUACACGAGCGGCCUAGGCAUGCCACUGUGAAGGAGGAAGCUGAACUGACAUUGAGGACCCUCCCGGUCGACCUCCAAGAGUGCUACUGGCGAAUUGUGGAGAAGCACGAGAAUGAUGAAAGGGACGAGGAGAUGCAGAGUUGGAUGAGGCCUGUGAGAGAUAGGCGGAAGUCUCCUGUCGAGGGGUGGGAGCCAGGGAACAACCCGGCGGAGGAUGCUGACGGCCCUGGCUCGGGACAAGACACUAGGGGAGAGGAAUACCACGUCGCCUCUCGUUUUGAGGAUUCUUCAGGUAGUUUCCUCAUUAUCCUAGCAUUAAAGCUUUCUUGGAGGUUUACCAUCACUGUCACUCUCUACUGA